AUGAAUACAAGAAGCCAAACACGUAAGAAAAAAAAUAGAGACAAGCUCAGUGAAUUGCCUGACUGUGUUCUCCUUCAUAUACUCUCCUUCUUGAGAACUACAACCGCAGUUCAAUCUUGUAUACUAUCGACAAGAUGGAAACAUCUCUGGAAGCAUCUUACAACCCUAACAUUCUGUUCUUCGUACUUUAAGCAUCUCAAGAGUUUCACCGGAUUCGUCUCUCAAGUUUUGUCACUCCGCGAUGCCUCAACACCUCUGCACGUCCUCGAUUUUAAACGGAAGGGAAUCCUCGAGCCUCACGUCCUCAACAGAAUUUUAAAAUAUGCACUUUCACACAAUGUCCAACAAUUGCAAAUCAAUAUUGAAUCUUAUGUUGAACAUUUUCCUCCUUGUUUUGGUUCAUGUCAAACUUUAACUUCUUUAAACCUGUCUGUUGGCCAUACAAAUGGUCGGUGGGGAACAUUAUAUCCAAAUUAUCUGAAUUUUCCUGCAUUAACCAAUUUGUCAUUACAUCAUUUUACCUUUUGUGGCAGCGAUGAAGAUGGCAGUUUCGAGCCCUUUUCAAAAUUCAAAAGGUUAAAUAGUUUGAUCAUUGACCAUUGUAAACUUUUGGAUGCACAAAAGCUCUGCAUAUCAAGUCCCACACUGGUCAAUUUAACUAUCAAAUCGUCAUAUUAUACCCGUCACGAAAUUGAGUUAUCUAAUACUCCAAGUCUUAGUACCUUUGAUUUUGAGGGCACCCCUGUUCACAAACUUAGUAGGAGCAAUACCAAUCUCUCUUCUAUCAAACAUGUAAAUAUUCAUGUAGACAUGUGGUUAAUUUUAAAUGAUACUCCUUUGGUUCUACUCAACUGGCUGGUUGAACUUUCUAAUAUUGAAUCAUUGACGGUCUCUUUAACUACUCUUCAGGUUCUCUCCAAUGUACCUGAUUUAUUGAAACUUGAGUUCUCUUCUUUGUAUAACUUGAAGUCAUUCAAAGUAAAAGCGCACAAGCACAACCCUCCUAUAUUAUCAGAUGAAAUAGUAAACUUUUUGCUUCAAAAUGCACCUUCAGCAGAGAGGACGAUAUCAUACAUUAAUUAA